CGCACAGGGCAGGACUUUGAGUGGUUUUGUUAGUUGCGGCAAGAGAAGACAAACAAAGUGAGCCCUAGUCUAGUCUUGGUCUAACUUUGAAAUAUGUCGGCGGUCGGCGGUGCCUUGUAUCGACAUGUUUUGGCCGUGAGGAACUCCGGCAUGAUGGUGAUGGUACGGCAUGCUCAGACGGCCGCUGCCCCGGCACCCAAAGCCCGUAUCAAGAAGUUUCAGAUUUACCGAUGGGACCCAGACACCGCUGGAGACAAACCGCGAAUGCAGACAUAUGAAAUUGAUCUCAACACUUGCGGCCCAAUGAUUCUGGACGCCCUCAUUAAGAUCAAGAAUGAGAUCGACCCCACGCUCACAUUCAGACGCUCCUGCCGUGAAGGGAUCUGCGGCUCGUGUGCCAUGAACAUAAAUGGAGGCAACACGCUGGCAUGCCUGAACAAAAUUGACUCCAACACAAGCAAGCCCUCAAAAAUCUACCCGCUCCCACACAUGUAUGUGGUCAAAGAUCUGGUGCCUGAUAUGAGCAACUUCUAUGCCCAGUACAAAUCCAUCGAGCCCUACCUGAAAAAGAAGGACGACACUCAAGAAGGGAAGGAGCAGUAUUUCCAGUCGGUGGAAGACCGGCAAAAACUGGACGGCCUGUACGAGUGCAUCCUGUGCGCUUGCUGCAGCACCAGCUGUCCCAGCUACUGGUGGAACGAAGACAAAUACUUGGGACCUGCUGUCCUCAUGCAGGCCUACCGGUGGAUGAUCGACUCCCGCGAUGAAUUCACAGAGGAACGUCUGUCUAAGCUUCAGGACCCCUUCUCUCUCUACCGCUGCCACACGAUCAUGAACUGCACCAAGACGUGUCCAAAGGGACUCAACCCGGGGAAGGCCAUCGCAGAGAUAAAGAAGAUGAUGGCCACCUACAAGGAGAAGAAAGCAGGGGCUUCAUGAACGUGUGAAAAUUCAGAUCCACUAAUACAACCUAGAACAAAAUUACUCUUAAAGGGAAGAGAAGAGCAAAUCAAGGAACACUCAGCACCUUUUCAUCAUUUAUAUUACAUUUGGAGGAAUGUGAAUAGACGUGUGCCAAACAGGAUUUGAUGAGUUAGAGGCUGCUGGAAAGAACUGUUCAAACAAAUAUAUUUGGUGUGGUGCAACAAGUUGGGAGAUGCUAAUGGAACUGUAAAUAUUCAACUAUGUGUUUAUUAAAGAUGUGCUAGGCUCAUGA